AUGAGCGCAACGACGACAGCAAACACCAGAACACAAGCUGUAUUGAAUCUUCUCGCCGAUUACGAGCUUACUCACUCCGGACACGACACUACCGGCGUAGUUGAGCCACCAAAUCCCAGAUCAGUCGAAGACGAGACAAGACAGAACCCAGACUUUUGGACAAGAGAUUACCACGGUGUUCCGCCAUAUAGACCGAUUAACUACGAGUUGGACUACGAUGCACGACCAUGGGCACGACCUGGGGUCGAGACAGCAUUUGUCUGGGUUAUGUUGAACGGCGUGGGUAUAGUUGCAGCUACUGCUAGGUUAUGGAGGAAUACUGGUGGCAGGCUCAAUGACAAGAUAUUUAGAUUUUCGAUUGGAGGAGAACGUUGA